CAACCCAAGUUAAAUAGCGGAAUUCCCACCCGGGCGCGCGGUGUGGGAAUGAGAGGCACAAUUCUCCCUAUCACAAGUCAGUGUACCAUCAAAAUGAUUUUGAAGCAGUCAUUUUAAGUUAAAAAAAAGUUACGUAAUGUUGCUUUAAUGAAGUUCCUGAAAGGGAUAUUGUCCUUUGUCAAUAAUGCAUGGUAUUCAGCUCAGCAAGCACUUGUGAACCAUAUCUGGGCAAACGAACCAAAAAGUUAAAUAAAAAAAGGGGGGAGGGGGGCGAUGUCCAUGAGAUGGUCAGAGUGACAGUUAAAUUCUGGGCCUUUUGAGUACAGCACCCCCCCCCCGCCCUUUACAAUAAAUAAAUGCCGCUCAAAUCAAAAAUGUAUCUGUCCAUACAGAUUAUACUAGUUCCGCGUUGUUGAAACGUUUGUGUGAACGGAUUAAAUCCGAAACCAGGUGGGCGAAGUGAUGAAGGCGCGGGGAAGAGGGAUGGAAGCCUUCAACGUGUCACGGGUCUGUCCGCGCGAAGCUGAUCGCUGUCAGACGUAGUGGAGACCUAUUUGUAUAUUAAGCGUAAGCAGGAUGAAAGUCAAGUGUGUUCCAAUGAAUAUGAAUAAAGGCAAUAUAUGAGGCGCGGGUGGUGUCAAUGCGCAUAUUUAAUAGUUGCUGAGUUUGCGAAAGUUUAACUUUCGAUUCCGUGUCGUUGCGCGUGUUUAAAGUCCGCUGUGCGGCGGAUCGCAGCUCGCCCGCCGCUCCUCCCGCUCGCUCACACACAGCCCGGCGGAGACAGCGGGGCUUAGUCAAGCCCGGACUUGGGAAGAUGGCAACGGACUUGCGAGCUCUGGCCUGGGAAAAGGCUGAAGUUUUAUCUGGGGGACUGAAGGAGCUUCUCUCCACCGGUCAGCUGUACAUCCGCUCUCGGUUCGGGGUCGAUCUGGGUUUGAACCCCGAACUGUACCCGACAUGGAUGCUCCUCUCCGCGGCCGCGGCCGCUGUGUUGCUGCUGCUGGCCGCGUCCUGGGCCGCGGUAUGCGGGGGGUUGUCGGCUGGGAAAAAGCGGGGAUCCCCCGUCACCCGCGACGGCGCUGAGCCUGCCAAGGCUGGCUUCGUCAAAACGGAGAAAUCGGACGAUCAAAAGAGGAAGAACAGAAAGAAACCUGCCGAAAAGAAGACUCAGUCUAACGGACGACCAGUGUCUGCACCUCAGGGGGAAGUGAAAGUCUGUGUGGCAACCUCUAAGCCGUCCCCCGAGAUCAAAACUGAAAAGGUACAGGUGCAACAGGCCCCAGUGCAGGUGAAGAAGAACAAGAAGAAAGCCAAGGAAGACGUGAAAGCAGCACAGAGUGUUUCCACCACUGAGGGAAAGGAGCCUGAUGAAGGCACAUGGGAGACCAAGGUCAGUAACCGAGAGAAGAGGCAACAGCGCAAGAAGGACAAGGGCCCGAUGGAAUCUGGGAGCCCGGGAGCCCCAGGGACCCCCAAGUCCCAAGUAGAGGCACCUGCAGCUCUAGUAGCCACCAACACCAGGAAAAACAGAGAGACCCUGCAUUCAAGAACAGGUGGAAAGGCAGAUACAAAAAGUGGUCCAGGCUGGAGAGAGGAGCCCUCGGUCAACGGUGGAGGGUGGGCUGACGUCUCUUCUAAGGUGCCAGGGCAGAUGGAGGGGGAUAAGUGGAGUGCCAUGUCUGCAGCCCCACGUCGCAAGGCUAAGCCUGAGCCCCGGUCCUGGGGACAGGAGACACAAGGUACAUGGAGCGGUAUGGACGGCAGAAUUAAGAAUGACCUUAGCCCUGUGUCCUUCACUAUGCUGGGACUGAAUGCUUCAGAGACCAUGGUACAUCCUAUUGACCUGCAGUGGGACAGCCACCCUAAAGUUGACGACGAAUGGUCCGGUUUCAAUGGGAUGGCAGCAGUGGAUCCUAGCUCCGACUGGAAUGCCCCGGUAGAGCACUGGGGGAAUUAUGUAGAGCCCCCUGUGUCUGUGACCCCAGCAGUCCCACCCAAGGAGCAGCUGGCCCCCCACAAGGAAUCCGAGGAUGACAAGGAGGUUAAAGAUCCUACCGGAGGAGUGGCGAAAUCUAAGAAGAAGAAGAAAAAGAAGAAAGCAGAGGAAGAGGCUGAUUCUGCAGCUCAGACGGUGAACUCGGCACCCACUGUAAAUACAACGCCCAAGCCCCAAGAGCAUCCACCUGUGAUGACCACUAACAAGCAGCUUCCCAAUGUACCAGCCUCUCAGAAGAAGUCUGAGCAGGUUUCGGAGCCCCCGAAGCCGUCCCAGAAAAAAAAGGUCCGAAAAGAAACCUGAAUUUCCAUCACAGGUCAAUAUUAACUAUAUGCAAAUGAUUGUCCAAUGUGUUAAAUGCAAUAAUUACCAGGUACAGAUUUUUUUCUGCAAGGUGAAUCGACUGUAAUUUUUUCAAUUUACAAAAAAAAAGAAAAAGAAAAAAAAAGAGCAGUGAACACCAACUGCUUGGGCUCACCAGAGUGAACAAGUGUGGUCCUAUGGACUGUAAUCUUAACUGAUUUGCACUAUACACUGCAUAGCGAGGUAUUAGGAGGGUGGAUUUGCAGUGAAAAUAUAAGUUGGUAAAUAUUUUUAAAUGGUAUCAAAAGUGUUUUUAUGCAUGUAUGUUUAUUGUGGGUAACCCAAAUAUACAAGAAUUAUUUUUAUUAUUUUCAAUAUAUUCAAAGUUUCAGGCAAAGUUUACUUUUUUUUUCUCUCUCCUCUGUUGUGUUGCAUUUUGUAAGACCUGAUGUAAGGACAGCACCAUGGCAACUACAGUGAUGUCUUAAUGCUUGUCUCAAAGCAGUUUAACAAAUCUCAACUGUGUGCCAUGGAGGGCCACGUGUUAUUCCUUCCCUGUCUGGUUGAAGGUGUGUUAAUUUGUGAAAUCAGUAGCGAUGCGUUUAAAAUAUAGGCCGAAUCCAUGUGCCAACUCUCCAGACUAGCAGACUCAGUCCUUGUGGACUUCGGUCUUACAUGCUGUGACGUUGAGCACUGAAGUGCUCAGCAUCAUCGUUGGACAGCCCUAAAUGCUUGUGACAUCAUGGGAACAUGCCUUUUAAGUCUACCAGUCUGCAGACUCAUGCAGGAAAGUGCUGACAUUUAGAUUCAGCUAAAAAAAACCCUGCAUGAAUAUGUCCCUCCAUGGCACAUGGUUGAAUAUCACUGCUGUAAAUCUACCUAAAAGCCAAGGCUGGAAUGGGGAGGUCAUUCUGGCCCUGGACAUAUUUUAGCAGUACCACAUAUCUACCACCAGGAGGCACUGCCACAUUACGUGCCGAAACGCACCACCAGUGACACUACUGGGGUUUUCUCAGUACGUCUCUCAUUACGAGUAUAUUGUUCCUUACUGGUCAAGACUGUGCAUUGACUUGCUAGAAAUAUUUAUAGUUACUACUCUUUAGUACCGGUCAGAUGAUUUUUAUGUUUACUUUUAGGAAAAUAAAAAUACUUGUCUUAUCUUCUAGUUUCUGUGCUCAGAAAAAGCCAUGCCAUAUGUACAGAUUGUAAGGGCUUUUUCCAAUGCUGUGAUUGCACUGUGCAGAAGGCUGCAUUGAGUUUCUCUGUUGUUCUCUCAUGCGGUGUUUUUUUUUUUUUUUUUAAGACAGGUUUGUUUUUGUUUUUUAAUCUCUGAAUGUGAAAUGUGUUUUUUCCCGGUUUGUCAACCGACUUCCCGGAUUCGUGAUGAUCGGUAAAGCCCUUUUGUGACGUGAAAUGGGGAGGCGUCGGAAUGAAGGGGUAAGAGGAGGAGGGUAGUGCAGCUUUAAUUCCUGUCUUGCUUUUCUAUCGUUUUGAUUUUUUAAACUAUAUAAAUCAGGAACUGAAUUCACUUGCCUUAACCCGUAGUUGUAUAAUAUGUGCAUUGAUAGUUUUCCAUCCAGUUGCAAGUUUUGAUUGAUGUCAACAUAAAUUUGCAUGAGUUUGAUAAUAAUACUUGUAUAAGUUAAAGAAGCUAAAUAAAUAGCCAGAUGAA